GGAGCGAGCGGCAAGAUGAAUUUCUUUCGUGGGGUGAUGGGGGGUCAGAGCACCGGACCCCAGCCCUCAGGGGCCGAGACGAUCCAAAAACUUUGUGACAGAGUAGCUUCAUCAACUCUUUUGGAUGAUCGAAGGGAUGCUGUCCGUGCUCUCAAAUCAUUAUCUAAGAAAUACCGUUUGGAAGUAGGUAUCCAAGCUAUGGAACAUCUGAUCCAUGUUUUGCAGACAGACCGUUCAGAUUCAGAAAUAAUAGGUUAUACUUUGGACACACUCUACAAUAUAAUGUCUAAUGAUGUAGAAGAAGAGGAGCAAGAUGACAUGGAAGAAGACAAUUCUUCAAAACAGAGUGAUGAUUUGGGAAGCCAGUUUACAGAAAUUUUCAUUAAACAGCAAGAAAAUGUUACACUUCUUUUAUCCCUCCUGGAGGAAUUUGAUUUCCAUGUUCGCUGGCCUGGGGUGAGGCUUCUUACCACACUUUUAAAACAGCAGGGACCACAAGUGCAACAGAUUAUUCUUGUUAGUCCUAUGGGUGUUUCAAGAUUGAUGGAUUUGCUUGCUGAUUCCAGGGAAGUUAUACGUAAUGAUGGUGUUUUGUUACUGCAAGCACUGACAAGAAGUAAUGCAGCAAUUCAGAAAAUUGUUGCUUUUGAAAAUGCUUUUGAGAGGUUAUUGGAUAUUAUUACAGAGGAGGGAAAUAGUGAUGGAGGUAUAGUGGUUGAAGAUUGUCUCCUCCUGCUUCAAAAUUUGUUAAAGAACAAUAAUUCCAAUCAGAAUUUUUUUAAAGAAGGUUCCUACAUUCAGCGUAUGAAACCUUGGUUUGAAGUUGGUGAUGACAAUUCUGGCUGGUCUGCACAAAAAGUGACUAAUCUUCAUCUGAUGCUUCAGCUUGUUCGUGUCCUGGUAUCACCUACAAAUCCUCCAGGUGCUACCAGCAGUUGCCAGAAGGCCAUGUAUCAGUGUGGAUUAUUACAACAGCUUUGUAUUAUCUUAAUGGCUACUGGUGUUCCUGCUGACAUUCUGACUGAGACUAUUAACACUGUGUCAGAAGUUAUUCGAGGCUGCCAAGUAAACCAAGACUACUUUGCAUCUGUAAAUGCACCUUCAAACCCACCACGGCCUGCAAUUGUUGUGCUUCUGAUGUCCAUGGUUAAUGAAAGGCAACCUUUUGUCUUGCGCUGUGCUGUUCUCUACUGUUUCCAGUGUUUCUUAUAUAAAAAUCAGAAAGGACAAGGGGAAAUUGUGGCAACACUUCUGCCUUCUACCAUUGAUGCUACAGGUAUUUCCGUCUCGGCUGGUCAGCUGCUAUGUGGAGGCCUCUUUUCUACGGAUUCCCUUUCAAAUUGGUGUGCUGCUGUGGCCUUGGCCCAUGCUUUACAAGAAAAUUCUACCCAGAAAGAGCAACUACUGCGGGUCCAGCUUGCCACGAGUAUUGGCAACCCUCCGGUGUCCCUGCUGCAGCAAUGCACUAAUAUCCUCUCCCAGGGUGAUAAGAUCGACAGACGGGGAAGCAAAGUACAAACGCGAGUUGGGUUAUUAAUGUUGCUUUGUACCUGGUUAAGCAACUGUCCGAUUGCUGUCACACACUUUCUCCACAAUUCAGCCAAUAUUCCAUUUCUUACAGCACAAAUAGCAGAAAAUCUUGGAGAAGAGGAACAGUUGGUUCAAGGCUUAUGUGCCCUCUUGUUGGGCAUUUCCAUUUAUUUCAAUGAUAAUUCACUUGAGAACUAUAUGAAAGAAAAAUUGAAACAACUCAUAGAGAAGAGAAUUGGCAAAGAGAACUUCAUAGAAAAACUGGGUUUCAUUAGCAAACAUGAAUUGUACUCAAGAGCAGCCCAGAAACCACAGCCAAGUUUUUCUAGCCCAGACCACAUGAUGUUUGAUCAUGAGUUUACAAAGUUAGUGAAAGAACUUGAAGGUGUCAUAACAAAGUCCAUUUAUAAGUCUAGUGAAGAAGAUAAAAAGGAAGAAGAAGUAAAGAAAACAUUGGAACAACAUGACAGUAUUGUGACUCACUACAAAAAUGUGAUCAGAGAGCAGGAUUUCCAGCUUGAAGAAUUAAAACAACAGGUUUCUACUCUAAAAUGUCAAAAUGAACAGCUUCAGACAGCUGUCACACAGCAAGUGUCUCAGAUCCAGCAGCACAAGGACCAGUAUAAUCUCCUCAAAAUACAGCUAGGAAAAGACAGUCAGCAUCAUGGUUCUCACAGUGAUGGAGCUCAGAUGAAUGGCAUUCAACCGGAAGAAAUUAGCCGAUUAAGAGAAGAGAUAAAAGAAUUAAAAAAUAAGCAAGAACUUUUACAAGGCCAGUUGACAGAAAAGGACUCUUUGAUUGAAAAUUUGAAAUCUACACUGUCAGCACCUGGGAAAAUGGAACCCUCUCUAGAGACUUCUAUGGAUGGUGAUUCUGAAAGUACUACAAAAUUGCAACGGGAAGUUGAAACACUCAGGGCUCAGCUAAAUUUGCAGUCUGUGGAGAUCUCUAAACUACAGAUGGAAAAGCAGGAGCUGUUACAGAAAACUGAAGCAUUUGCUAAAUCUCUUCCAGUCUCAGGAGACAAUGGGACUGUAACAGCAGCAAAACCCACUGACAUAGAGGGUAGACUCUCUUCAUUGGUUCAAGAGACUAAAGAAUUAAAGAAUGAAGUUAAAGCUCUGUCUGAGGAAAAAGUGUCUAUAAAACAGCAGUUGGAUUCAUCAAACAGCACCAUAGCAAUCUUACAGAAUGAGAAAAACAAACUGCAGCUGGGACUUGCAAAAGCUGCCAAAGAACAGGAUGACCUCUUGGUGCUGCUGGCUGAUCAAGAUCAGAAAAUCAUUUCAUUAAAAAGCAAACUCAAGGACCUUGGUCAUCCGGAUGAAGAUGAAGAUGAACUUGGAUCUGGUGACCAGACUGGUAAUGAUGAUGUUGAUGAUGAUGUUGAUGACGACGACGACGACGAUGAUGACAACAGUGACGAUGAAGAUGAUCAUCAUAAUGUUAAUGAAGUAGUGGAGGGGUUAGCCUAAGCUUUAAAGUAUCUCUAGGAAUAAUAGAGACUGCCAUGUAAUUUUUAAGAUGGAACCUCAGAGACAAUACUUUGGUCUGUCUCCACACAUAAUAAAGAUUUUUAGGAAGCAUAUUGGAAAGCAUUCACUAAAAGACUAUUGCCAUGUUUCUAAAAUGAUACCACCCAUAUUUUUAAAAAGAAAAAAGCCCCAACUAUGGGUACAACACAAUUCUGUUUUAUUUAAGUUUUUUUUUUUUUAAAUUCUUUUAGAAGGUGACCAUCUCUUAGCUUUAGACACCAAAAAUGUACUGUUAAAAGCAUGAGGUAGCCAUACAACUUGCCUUAGUUCCUUGGUCAUUUACUAAAGUCUCUGCAUCUUAUCUUUUUAUUUUUGAAAUGUGAUUUGUGUAUGUAUUUGAUUUAACACAUUGAAUUGGGCUCUUUGCCUCCUUAUUCAGCAUUGGUAAUACUCUAAACUCAUGGGUUCUUUUACAAGAUGGGCAAGUUUAAGAGCAGGAACAGGGCAAGUUUGGGGAUUCAUCCACAUGUGACUCCUAAAAUGAGGAGGUUGAACAGUGUCAAGGGAGUGCCUUUGUAGCUCAAAUGACCGCAUCCUGCACCUAAGCAAAGAGGCAGGGACCUCUGCCUCUGCGUGAGGACACAGGGGCAUGUCUGAGGCAGCUGUUGGGGGUACCCAAAGGUGUGGUUUGGGAAGCAGAACACCAAUUCAAAUCAACCCCAUAUAAUUCCCACAAUGCAGUUUUAGCAUGUUAGCUGGUGGUCAUAGCCAACUCCAUGUUCUUGAGUUAAAAAAGAAAAAAGCCCAUCACUCUGAUUUAUGUAAUUUAUUGGCUUUUAUAUAGGGAAGCACCUUGAGGGCAGGAACUGGAUCUUCUUCUUGGUAUCUCUUAGCACCUUGCCCAGUGCCUUGCACUGAGUAGACAGUCAAGGGAUGCUUGUUGAAUUGAAUUAAUGUUGAAGUAGGUUUGAUGCAUAUAAAAGAUUUAAAAGAGUGCAAUAAAAAAGAUGUCAAUCUCAUGUUUUGGUAAUAAAAAUAGAUAUUACAUUCA